CAGAAUUCCCCUGCUUUUACCCUGUUUCCUCUGCUUUCUGGCUUUGAGAAUAUCAAAAAAUGUCAUCAAGUGUGUGUCAAGGUCUGGAUUUCAAUGUCUUCAAUACUUCUGUUGGGCCCUCCCUCACUGAAUCCGAGGUCCACAAGGAGCAGAAAAACUUGAAAAGCAAUGACAAUAUUGAGGUGGGUGGAUGGAGUUUUCUCCAAUCUCUCACCAAAACAUCUGAAAUUGAGAAUGAAAAAGUGUAUGUCCAUCCCCUCCGAUCGUCGUCUUCUAAGCUUAGCACUAAGAGCUUAGAAAUGUGUACUGAGAGCCUUGGAAACGAAACUGGUAGUAAUUGUAGCGAAAGCAGCGACGAGAUUCAUUUCACUUCAUCACUAGAACAACUUGACAAUUGUGAGUCGUCACCCAAGUAUUACAAAAAUUGGGUGACUGAGAAAAGAAUGAAAUGUAGCGCUAGCUUUCCGCCUCCAUUAACUUCAAUUUGCAGAACAAAUGGUGUCCAAUUGAGGCCUCACAGGGAAGGUGGACGUCUGGUUCUAAAAGCUGAAUCUGUUUCUUCUUGCAUUACUUAUUUUGAAGCCGAGCGGAGCGACGGGCGGCUUAGGCUUCGUCUACUGCAAAAUUGCUCUCCUGACUGUAACCAUGAUCAUGAAGCUAAAUUUGAAGAAGAAGACGAAGAAGAAGAAGAG